AUGACACCAUUCUCGAGGUUAUCCUUAGCCCAGAUCGGACGGAGAGCCUGGAGUAAUAGUCCCAAGAACCCCCGGCGAACCAUUGUUGGCUCGGCGCCUCGCCUCGCAAGUAACCGGACCUUGUCCAGACCGGACCACAAAACUCUCGCAGUAGAGGAUGUCAAACAGUUCCGAAGCAUCCUUGGUUCGCGCCCCGGAGCGGUACUUAGCGCCUUAGAAACUGAUGACCUUCGGACUGACCCUUCGGAUUUGGAGGCCUUCAACGUCGAUUGGAUGGGCAAGUAUCGUGGACAAUCCAAGGUAGUGCUUAAGCCCAAGAGCACAGACGAAGUCAGCCGGAUAGUCUCGUAUUGUCACAAGAAUCGACUAGCGAUAUGCCCACAAGGUGGCAACACUGGACUAGUCGGUGGAUCAGUUCCUGUCUUCGAUGAGGUCAUCCUCAACUUAAGUGGCCUCAACAAAAUUAGGACUUUUGAUGAGACGAGUGGGAUAGUUAGCGUGGAUGCUGGAUGUAUAUUACAAUCAGUGGACGAUUUCUUGAAGGAGAAAGGCUUCAUUUUUCCACUAGACUUGGGCGCCAAGGGAUCUUGUCAGGUUGGAGGAAAUAUUGCUACCAAUGCAGGAGGAUUGAGGUUGCUUCGAUACGGAUCUCUACAUGGUUCGGUGCUCGGCUUGGAAGUCGUUUUACCCGAUCAAGAGGGCACAAUCUUGAGUAGUGGGAUGAAGACCGGUCUACGAAAGGACAAUACCGGCUACGACCUCAAGCAACUCUUCAUCGGCUCCGAGGGCACUCUUGGAGUCAUCACGGGGGCCACCAUCCUCACUCCACCCCGACCAGCAGCCGUGAAUGUAGCACUGAUGCCGGUCAAAGACUAUGCUACCAUCCAGAAACUCUUCGUCCUCGCUCGCCAGAAACUCGGUGAAAUCCUCUCAGCAUUCGAAUUCUUCGACCAGAACUGCUUCGACCUCGUUCUCAAGCACACCCAGCAAAAAACCCCCUUUACGAGCUCUCAGGAUGAAGGCCAAUUCUAUGUGCUCAUUGAAACUAGUGGAAGCAACAAGCAACACGAUGACGUCAAACUUGAACACUUGAUCGAAUCACUGAUGGAGUCUGAGAUGAUUAGCGAUGGGAUCUUAUCACAGGACGAAACCCAACUACAAUCGAUUUGGUCCUUCCGAGAGCUGAUCCCUGAAUCGGUCGGCAAACAUGGCCCAACUUACAAGUACGAUCUCAGUGUGCCCAUGCCGUUGAUGUACUCGAUUGUCGAAGAAGCGCGGGAGCGAUUCAUUAAGCAUGGCAUUCUGGCACCUGAUGGGUCUGAGGGUGAUUUAUUGAGAGAUGUGGUUGGGUAUGGACAUAUUGGAGAUGGCAAUCUACACUUGAAUGUGAUCGCUAAACAAUGGGAUCGGAGGAUUGAAGAAGUAUUAGAGCCUUGGAUAUACGAGAAGGUCUCGAGUCAUAACGGCUCCAUCUCUGCCGAACAUGGAUUAGGUCUCAUGAAGUCUCCCUACCUCAAGUACUCUCAACCUCCAACAAAUAUCAAGAUGAUGAAGUCCAUCAAAAACUUGUUCGAUCCUUUGAAUAUCCUUAACCCCUCCAAAUUUCUUCCUUAA